AUAUAUACAUUUUUGGGGUCUGAUCUGAAGUUCUGAAGCAUUCCAGAGGGGAUCCGUGAGAGAAGAACGAGGAGAAGGAGGAGGAGGAGGAAGAAGAAGAAGAAAUACCAGAGGAGUAUUAGUGACACAAAGGCCUUGUUCUUCCAGACGCAUCAUGGUGUUGUUGAGGGGAGGGUGUGGGGGAGUUAAAUGUUUUGCUUUUGUUUGGCUUUGAGAAGAAGCACAAAUAUAUCCAACUAUAUAUCUCCCCCUCCCCACUCCAAGUACAGUUCAAACAAAUCCUGAAUCCAUUUAGAUCUGUCACUGUCUGUUCAUGAAACGGGGUACAUGUGGCGAUGGUGGCACCAAAUAGGACUGGGAUGGUUAAGCCCUUCUGUUUCUAAGUUCCCAGGGCAUCACUUGUUCUCUGACAUCUUCCUUUUUUCAAAUUUUGCUGCAAUUUUUGCCUCUUUUAGCCAAAAGGGGGCAGUUUAGCCCAUCAUGCUCCGUCUGGGAUUCUGGGUGGCUUUCCUGCUCUGUGUUUUUGCCCCCAGCUUGAUCCGUAGUGACUGCUGGCUGAUCGAAGGAGACAAAGGUUAUGUGUGGCUUGCAAUCUGCAGCCAGAACCAGCCUCCUUAUGAGACCAUUCCCCAGCACAUCAAUAGCACUGUGCAUGACCUGCGGCUGAAUGAGAACAAACUCAAAGUGGUGCUCUAUUCCUCUCUCAGCCGCUUUGGGAACUUGACGGACCUCAACCUCACCAAAAAUGAGAUCUCUUACAUUGAGGACGGAGCCUUCAUGGGGCAGUCCAACCUGCAGGUGCUGCAGCUAGGCUACAAUAAGCUCACCAACCUGACUGAAGGAAUGCUACGUGGCAUGGGCCGCCUCCAGUUCCUCUUUGUGCAGCACAACCUGAUUGAGGUGGUCACCCCCAAUGCCUUCAACGAAUGUCCCAGUCUCAUCAGCAUUGACCUGUCCUCCAAUCGCCUCAGCCGGCUAGAGGGAAGCACAUUCACCGGCCUGAGCAACCUAAUGGUGUGUGAACUUGCUGGGAAUCCCUUCAACUGUGACUGCAACCUCUAUGGCUUCCUUAUGUGGUUGGUAGCCUUCAACAAUGUCACAAAAAACUAUGACCGCCUGCAGUGUGAGACUCCCCGGGAGUUUGCUGGCUAUCCGCUUCUCAUGCCUCGGCCACACCAUAGUCGCAAUGCCAUCACCAUCUUCAAGUCAAUGUGUGGGGAUGGUACCUUUCCACCCAUCUCCAGAAUCAAACCCACCCAAUUCAUCACAGAUCCUCAGAGGGACCUGGACGACAAUGUUGAAAACUCAGGCAUUAGCCCAGGUGAUUUCCUCUCAGUUGAACCUCCAGCAUCUGCCACCACUGAUUCCUCUUUCAACCCAAGCAUCAAGCUCCAGCAGGUGACUAUAACAUCAGCUGCUUUGGUGGUGACAAUACCAUCACCUUACAGCAAGAUGUAUGUGCUGGUUCAGUACAAUAACAGCUACAUGUCUGAUGUUAUGAAUCUGAAGAAGAAGAAGGAAGUUGUCACUCUCACCCACCUAAAGGCUCACACAGAUUACACCUUCUGUGUGGCUUCAAUACGUAACUCCAAGCGCUAUAACCACACCUGCCUCUCCUUUGCUACUAGGAGCAAAGGGAGAGAGGAACCAAUGCCCAAUACCUCCACCACUACCCAUUACAUCAUGACCAUCUUGGGAUGCCUUUUCGGGAUGGUUAUUAUCCUUGGCAUUGUGUACUACUGCCUGAGGAAGCGUCGGAUGCAAGAGGAGAAGCAGAAAUCGCUCAAUGUAAAAAAAACCAUUUUGGAGAUGCGCUAUGGUUCAGAUAUUGACACUAGUUCAAUAGUUCAUCCAUCACAAAAGUUAGGAGAGCCACCAGUUAUCCCUGUUUCCCGGAUGUCCUCUCUUCCAUCCAUGAUUGGUGAGAAGAUGCCUUCAUCGAAAUCUAUGGAAGCUGGCAUGGAGACUCCCAAGGUCACUACCAAGGGCAAUUACAUAGAGGUUCGGACAGGUGGUGGGGAUGGGAUGGACAGGUCACAGAGGGAUGAUGACCUUCAUGAACUAGACAAUGGGCAAGGCUCAGCAGCUGAAAUAUCAACAAUUGCCAAGGAAGUAGACAAGGUGAACCAGAUAAUCAACAACUGCAUUGAUGCCCUCAAGCUGGACACUGCCUCAUUCUUGGGGGGAGGGGGUGGUGUUGACUCUGACAUGGCUUUUGAAUGCCAGUCCAUACCGGCUACUUCCUCUGGUGGACUGGAGCGGCCAAGUUUCCUCUCACCGCCCUACAAGGAGAGUUCCCACCAUCCUCUGCAGCGCCAGCUCAGUGCAGAUGCUGCCGUGACCCGGAAAACUUGCAGUGUCUCUUCCAGUGGCUCCAUCAAGAGUGCUAAGGUCUUCAGUCUUGAUGUACCUGACCAUCCACCAUUGAGCAAAGCAGACUCCAAGUACAUUGAGAAAGGAAGCCCACUCAACAGCCCCUUGGAUCGUCUUCCCCUUGUAUCCCCAGGUGCCAUCCACCACCUGGAGGUAAAACCUUCCUACCAUUGCAGUGAACACCGGCAUUCCUUUCCAGCUCUGUACUAUGAGGAGAGUGGUGAUACCUUAAGUCAAAGGGUGUCCUUCCUUAAGCCACUCUCCCGUUCUAAGCGGGACUCCACAUAUUCCCAGCUCUCGCCUAGACAUUACUUCUCGGGCUAUUCGUCAAGCCCAGAGUACUCAUCAGAGAGCACCCAUAAGAUCUGGGAGCGUUUCCGGCCUUACAAGAAGCACCACCGGGAGGAAGUUUACAUGGCAGCCGGCCACGCCCUGAGGAAGAAAGUCCAGUUUGCCAAGGACGAAGAUCUGCACGAUAUUUUGGAUUACUGGAAAGGUGUCUCUGCUCAACAGAAGUUGUGACUUUCCCAUUAAAGGGAGGGGGGAAACUCUAACCACACACACACACAAUUUACCCACCUGACUGUGAACCUAAAACAACAAACCUGACAACAGAAACUGAAAACCAUUUGUUAAAGUUUACAAAAAACAAAACAAACAAAAAAGAACAGGAAAAACCCAAGUGAAAUGAAUUGUGUCUACUGUGUUAUGGGGACCAUUUCUGACUCCUUCAGGUGGUGGGGAGGAAACUCUUGUUUUGAUACUGCAGUGGAGAGAGGGGAAUGGCUGUUAGCAAGCCUCAUGGGUUUAUGGGUAACAGAGAUGAGGGAUGAAGGAUACCAACUAGGCAAAAAGGAAGGCACUAAUCAUCAUUUUAGUUUCCUUGUUCUUUUAUUCCAGAAAGGGGCAGGUUUUUACUCAUCAUUUCUCUUGCAAAAUGGGGAUGGUGGUGAUGCUGCCUCUCCAUUCUUCCCUUUCCCAUGCUUACAGGCAUUUUUUUUAAUUAUCCUAGUGCAUAGGAGACACUCCUACAUAAUGGGCCACACAAACCCUUGGAAUAGUGUUGCCCAAAAUAUAUGGGCAGAGACAUGUCACAUAAGUACCCAAUGUGGAGUUAGCAUUCUGCUCGGGACCACAGCUCCCAAAUUCAUACAAAAAGCCCACACUAGUAACCAGGACUUCUGUUACAGUUAGUCAUUUAAAUAUUAUUUCCACUUUUCUGGAACUGCUCACAGAACAAUGGGUGGAAUUUAGACUUGGAUUGUAUCAAUUAUUUCAAUUCGAUACCACUUUAAACACCAUUGCUGGAUCGAGUAGAAAGCUGUGGUUUGCAUUUUGGGGAGGUACUUAGAAUAUUGUGCUUGGAGACUCAAGUCCCCUCCCCUGAAUUAAUCACCAUACUAUGAAUCCAGUGAUCCCACAGGAUGGAGCCAUGAUAGUUAAAGUGUUAUCGAAUUGGUACAAUUGUCUAUAUACAUUCUUAGUCAUACACCACUGAAAUUAAUGGGACAUUAGUCAGUGCAUCUUCUCUGAGCAUGACUAAAUCUGGAUCCGGCCCAAUGAUUUCCUUACACCAUUGGUCACAUUUGAAGGACACCAGUGUCAAGAAAAGGAUGUGGUGUCACAAAACGUAAUGUCAUCUCUAUGCUCAGGGUUUUCUAGACCUACUCUCAUGCUACCAUUUAUCUCAUAUCUUGCUGAGAUAUCUACAAGCAGAAAUAAGAGCAAAAUGUUUGUGCAUGGUGUGUAUGUGUGUGCACACACAUGUGUUUUCCUGGCAUAUCCUCACAUGUGCAUGAGCAAUGAUUGAUGUAGAUGGCUGGAGGAUAUCCUGGUUUCCUUCAUUGUGGAAGGGUCUGGGUAAUGGAAUGACCCCAUACUAGGGUAUCCUGAGUUUUCUGUAUUCCCAUUUGUUAGGGAGACAAAGCAUGUGUGUGUGUGUGUGUGUGUGUGUGUGUGUGAGAGAGAGAGAGA